AUGAGUAUGAACAUAUUCAGACUCACAGGAGAUAUGCUCCAUUUGUUGAGCAUCUUCUUGCUACUGGCUAAACUACACACCUCCAAAAAUUGCCUAGGGAUUUCAUGUAAAAUGCAGGAAUUGUAUCUGAUUGUAUUUGUCUCAAGAUACCUCGACCUAUUUCUAUACUUCAUAAGCUAUUAUAACACGAUUAUGAAGAUAAUAUUCAUCAUGACUACAGCAUAUUCAAUCUAUGUAAUAAGGGUUAAACCACCUGUGGCUCAAACAUACUGCAGAAGACUAGACAAGUUUCCUUAUGAAAAGUAUCUCAUCGGCCCCUGCUUUGUAAUAGCCAUAAUUACCACCUCAUCAUACCAUAUAACAGACAUAAUGUGGACUUUUUCUAUAUGGUUAGAGUCUGUAGCCAUUAUACCUCAACUGGUUAUGUUAUAUCAGCAAAGGGAGGUUGAGAAUAUUACAUCACACUAUGUAGCCGCCAUGGGUAUGUACCGUGCAUUUUAUAUCCUGAAUUGGAUAUAUCGUUAUAUUAGUGAAACUCCACCCUAUGUAAACGUAGUGGGUUGGAUUGGCGGUUUCAUACAAACUGCUCUUUAUAUCGACUUCUUUUACUUCUUCGCAAAAUCCAAAUGGUACGGUAAAAGACUUGUUUUACCCUAUAACGGCACAGUUUAA